UAAUGGUCUUGAUGGGCCGAAGGGCCUAAUUCUGCUCCGAGAACAUGAAUUUAUGAACAUACAUAAUGUACAGUUCGCUGUGUACCACUGGAUCAGUUUACAAUGUAGGGAUGUCUUUAUACCGCUGGAUGUAUAGAGUCAUAGAGAGAUACAGCGUGGAAGCAAGCCCUUCGGCCCAACUUGCCCACACCGGCCAACAUGUCCCACCUACACUCAUCCCAACUGCCUGCGUUUGACACAUAUCCCUCCAAACCUGUCCUAUCCAUGUACCCGUUUUACUGUUUCUUAAAUGUUGGGAUUGGCCCAGCCUCAACUACCUCCUGCGGUAGCUUGUUCCAUACACCCACCACCCUUUAUGUGAAACAGUUACCCCUCAGAUUCCAAUUAAACCCUUUCCCCUUCACCUUAAACCUAUACUUGAUGUCUUGUUAAGUGCAUCACUGGGUGUACACGCCACUUACAAUUGGUUGUGUAUGCUAAUUCUGGGUAUUUGUACAUACUUUAUAUGGUUUGCGAUGCCCAUCGGUGAUGAUGUUUCUCACUGGCGGCGAUGUAUUUAGGUUAAUUCACUGUACCCUUGUGCAGUACGCCGCUGUGUUGCUGUGCAUCUGUCUGUGAGUCUGUGAGUGUGUAAUGUUUUACCCCUGACGGAAGGGGCGAUAUUUCCAAUGGGAUCGGGUAGCAGGAGCUGAUCGGGGCCAGGCCGGUGUCUGUCCGGUCGGGGGAUAAGGCAGUGUGUAUGUCAAAGAGCCGGGCCGGGUUAACCUGCCUGUGUCAGCCAGCGCUGCUGCAGGGUGGGACAUGCAAGCCAGCUGGACCAUGCCAGGCAGCUCCAAAGACGCCGGGCUGGAGUGAGCGCCUUGAACGGGGGAGAUCUACAGCUCGUCCAGGAGGAAGGAAGGAAGGAAGGAGGCUCGGGGAUCUGGAGAGGGGGUUCGGCUGAGGAGCCAUGGCCGAUGUCGGCACUUCCACCAUCACCACCAGGAUUAAAAAGCUGCUGCGCUCUCCCUCGCUCAAGCUGCGGAGGAGCAAACACCACGGCGCCGGCAAGAAUAUCACGGACAAGGUGACUUUGGAGAAGGUUCUGGGCAUUACGGUCUCUGGAAGCAGUGGGCUUGCAUGCGACUCGAAGACAGGAUUGGUGGCCUACCCUUCAGGGUGCGUGGUUGUGCUUUUUAAUCCGAAGAAGGCCAAGCAGCAUCACAUACUGAAUGGAUCAAGGAAAACCAUCACAGCAGUGGCUUUCUCUCCGGAUGGAAAGUAUCUGGUCACGGGAGAGAGUGGCCACAUGCCCGCUGUUCGGGUCUGGGAUGUUGUUGACAAGACCCAGGUGGCAGAGAUUCAGGAGCACAAGUACGGGGUGGCCUGUGUGGCUUUCUCACCCAAUGCCAAGUACAUCGUCUCCGUGGGAUACCAGCAUGACAUGAUCGUCAACGUUUGGGCUUGGAAGAAAAAUGUUGUUGUGGCAGCCAACAAGGUCUCGAGUAAAGUGACUGCUGUGUCCUUCUCCGAGGAUAGUAGUUACUUCGUCACUGCAGGCAACAGGCAUGUCAAGUUCUGGUAUCUAGAUGCGUCCAAAGCCUCAAAGGUGAAUGCCACGGUGCCGCUGCUGGGACGCUCGGGUUUGCUGGGUGAGCUGCGCAACAACUUCUUCAGCGACGUGGCCUGCGGGCGCGGCAGGAAGGCCGAGAACACCUUCUGCAUCACCAGCUCCGGCCUCCUGUGCGAGUUCAACGAGAAGAGGCUUCUGGACAAGUGGGUGGAGCUGAGGACCACGAUGGCCAACUGCUUGUCGGUCAAUGAGGAUUUCAUCUUCUGUGGCUGUGCGGAUGGGACAGUGCGGCUUUUCAAUCCGGCCAACCUUCACUUCAUUGCCACCAUGCCUCGGCCCCACCAUCUGGGCAUGGACAUUGCAGCUGCCACGGAACCAAGCCACCUGUUCACAAACAGAGCAGAUGCCAAGUAUCCAGAUACCACCGCGCUCACGUUCGACCCCGCAAACCGCUGGCUAUCGUGUGUGUACAACGACCACAGUCUGUACGUGUGGGACGUGAAAGAUUUUAAGAAAGUUGGGAAAGUCUACUCUGCCCUCUACCAUGCAUCCUGUGUCUGGAAUGUUGAGGUUUACCCAGAGGUUGAGGAUAGCAAUCGUGCAUGCUUACCACCAUGCUCCUUCACCACCUGCUCAUCUGACAACACCCUCCGAGUGUGGAACACCGAGACCUCCAGCACCCACGGAACCUCACUGCAUCGGAACAUGAUAAGCAACGAUUUGCUGAAGAUUCUCUACAUGGACUCCAACACGCUGACCUUGCUAGAUGUGGAGAACAGUUCUGUGGGCGGUUCGGAUAAACAGGACUCCCAAGCCACUGAUCUGAAGACAGGGAUCAGAACACUGUGCGUGAGUCCUGAUGGACAGCACAUGGCAUCUGGUGACCGGGCGGGGACCCUGAGAGUCCAUGAUCUCCAGCAGCUCAGAGAGCUCCUUCAAGUCGAGGCUCACGACUCUGAGAUUCUGUGUCUUGAAUAUUCCAAACCUGAAACUGGCAUGAAGCUGCUGGCAACCGCCAGCCGGGACCGACUGAUCCAUGUGUUGGACGUGGAAAACGACUACAGCUUGCUCCAGACCUUGGAUGAACAUUCGUCCUCCAUCACAGCCGUCAAGUUUACAGCUAAUGGCGGGAGUGUCAGGAUGAUCACCUGCGGUGCAGACAAGAGCAUUUACUUCCGGACAGCACAGAAGACUAACGAAGGCACUCAGUUCACCCGAACUCACCAUGUGGUUCGAAAGACGACUUUGUAUGACAUGGAUGUGGAUUCUACGCGGAAGUACGCUGCCGUUGGAUGCCAGGACCGGAGCAUUCGAAUAUUUAACAUUAACAAUGGGAAACAGAAGAAGCUCUACAAGGGAUCUCAAGGAGAAGAUGGAACGUUGAUUAAGGUUCAGAUUGAUCCGUCCGGCCUGUAUAUUGCAACCAGCUGCUCUGAUAAGAAUCUCUCCAUCUUCGACUUUUACUCAGGCGAGUGUGUUGCAACCAUGUUUGGACACUCAGAGGUUGUGACAGGAAUGAAGUUCACCAAUGACUGUAAACAUCUGAUCUCCGUGUCAGGUGACAGCUGUAUCUUCAUCUGGCGGCUAAGCUCAGAACUGACAAUUAACAUGAGGCAGAGACUGGCCGAGACCAAGCAGAAAGAUAAAAAGCAAACCAAGACCCCCCCACGGAAACAUUCCACCCCGAGCAGGCAGGCAACGUUCGAUGCUGCUGCCCAGACUGCCAUGUCCUCUGAUAGUGAGAAGGAAGCCGAAGAGGAUGUAAAUGAGGAUGAAGACAGCCAUAGUGAAGGUCCAAAGAACGUUUCCCCCAAACGAGGCAUCGCAGGUGAUGGGAAUGAUAUCUCCACAGGCAAGCAAUACAGUGGGAGUGUGAGGAGUCUGUACCACUGGGACAAUGGGAAGACAGAUGACGUGUCGAAGGGACUGGAUUCGGUCAUCGACCAUGCCCCCCGUCCCCGGGGCCGCUGGUCUCAUCGUAUGAACAACCUGGACCUGAGCGUGAAGUCGAUGCUCGACCUGCGGCACCUGGACUCCUUCUCCCACUCCCCGUCCAUGGACUCCAUCUCGCAGGCCAGGGCCCUGCUGCCCAGGGCUAUCGUGAGUGGCGCACCCACUGAACAAGAGCACAGGCUGAGGGUCAGCAUAGAAACACUGCUGAGCGAUAUUGAGGAGCAAGAGUUUGCGCACAAUCAAAGCUCUUCCUUUGUCGCGCCCAGCAGCACCACGCUGCCAUUGUGUGAGGAUGGAAUAUUCACCCAGGAGCUAGAGACACCUGAGGUUGAAGAGUGUGUCAUUUAUCCAGUACACACUGAGAGUGCUGUUGAGGUUGAGAGCGAGUACCAGGUGAAGGAGCUGCAGAAGGGGAUGCAGGAGAAGGGUUACGUCCACAGCCUGGUGGAGAAACAGAGCCCGGACAGCGCCUGUUCCCUGGAUUAUUCCAGCAGCCACUUCUCCAGCCCGGAACAUCCACAUGAAGAUUCCGAAUGUACGGAGCCUCUGAGUGUGGAUGGGAUCUCCUCCGACAUGGAAGAGGAAGAGGAUGAGCUCAGCAGGAACUUCCAACGGGACACAAUUGUGCCCAGAACCCCGGAUCAGGAAAAGUUCCUGAAGCAGUAUUUCGGGACCCUGGCUGAUGAGGGUGUUGGAGUGAAAGCAGACAACCAGCUGGAGAACCCAAAGUCAACAUCCAUGAGAGACACCGAAGAGCUGCUAAACCCUCGGCUCAGCAUUUCCGCGAGGUUCCUCUCUCGAUCAUUAACAUCCAGUUUCAGGAAUUCACCAACACAUACUUCCAGGUUCCUCCAGAAUGGCGAGUUGGGAGCCGGUUACUUGACAUUUCCUACUUCGGCGUUGGACGAGGCGGAUAUCUACACAGUGCAGAGUGAGAGCGGCAAGCUUCAGCUCCAGAGACAAGAGGAAGCAGUAAAAUAUCAAAAUGAUGAUCAGAAACAACCAGAUGAACUCGUGGCAAAACUGUUUUCAGUGUUGAACUCAGCCCCAGGUAACUCCGCAGCGAAAGCCUCACCCAGAACGGAAUGCAGUGUUGUUCCUGCAAAUGCCCGAACGACGCACACCCAGAGGAAACGAAGCCUGGCUCUGGAGACGCGGAAAGUGUUGGCGGCACCAGUGAAAGUACAGUCGUCCUCGGCACUCCCCAGUCCGGUCGUCUCCCCUAGUCCGUCCAUCCGAAAAUCCCAAUCCGUCCACGACUUGAUUCACGAAGUUUACAUGAUGAGUGGGACAUCUGCGGUCACUUCUGCGAAGGUGCACUCUCAUUCAUCGACCCUUCCUGACAAGGACACCAGGGCCAACCAGCGACGGACCCUGCCUCCUGCUGCCAUCAAGGUGGAUGUCCCAUCGCCAUUACUGGCAAAGGAGAGUGGGCAAGGAAAGAGCGCGAAACAGAAGUCUUACAUGAACCCGACUACCAGCUCCAUGGCAAAAAUGUCCCGCAGUGUUUCAAUGGGAGACAGCUUGAACUUCGCCGGGAAUGGUGAGGAUACGUCCGUUGGGGAGAGCGGGGCUGACGGACAACCUCUGGAGUUGUCACCCAGGACUUCGCCUUCGGUUAACGUGGAUGUCGAGAGCGAGAUCUCUCACAGACAGGAGGCGAUGAGGCAGAACUGGAGGGAGUCCGUGGGCUCCAAGCCACUGCUCCAGCAACCCACAAGCUCAUCAAUUUCCCCGACUAGUAACUCUCAACCUAAAUUAAUUCUUGGCACACGGGCUAACUUGUUCCUCGAUCUCCCCAAAUCACUGCCUGACAGACCUUCCUGGACUUCCUUCUCAUCACCGAUCAAAUCGAAGACUCCCUGCAUCACUGAGCCCUUCAGAUUGCCGGAUUUAUCAGGAGGAACAAAAUGGAGGUCCCUCCUGGCCGAUGGGUCCGACACACAUAGAGACAUAAUGGAGAGAAAGGGGGACAGUGCGUGUACACCCGGGCAGGAGGCAGCCACUCCGUCAACACCACAGCCCUCCUCCGCACAAGGUCCACAUGAGCCGCAAGUGGGGAUGUCCGUUAAAUCUCCCCGUCAGCCGGCCUCUUCCCUUUGUCCUUCUGCACCCAGGUGUGGCAGGCUGCAGAAAGAAGCCUUGGAUGCUUCACUCAAAUAUCCAGCAACAAGUAGCCAGGCAGUAGCUGCAGCCAUAACAGCAACCAUUCCGUCAUUGACUGAGAAGACCUUUGCAAAGGAGCCAGGUUCAGCAGUUAGUUUUCAGAGCUGUAAAUGCCUCGUGAAUGAGCUGCAGAGUUGUCUACAGCGAGCCCUGAACCUGUACCGUAUGGUGACCAGUGACAAAGACCCCUCGGCCGAGAGCUCCCAGAUCAGAGCCGUUCUCUAUGAAACGUUUUCCUCUGUGAGGAAGGAACUGGACUGUCUCCAGCAGCCAGCAACAGGCCCUGAGCUAUCUGCCCAAGGGCCAGGCCAGAGGUCGAGGCAGGCCGGCCGUCCCCCAGCGGGGGUGGAGGGCUUUGAAGACGAGAAGACGCUGGCUCUGCUGGAGCAGUACUCGGAGCGCCUACUGCAGGCCGUGGAGCGAAGGAUGGACCUGAAGCAGCCGGCAGGAAGGGGGGAUUCAGGACCGUAAAGCACACAGUGCAGCAGUUGGCCUGUUCCCCGACCCUCCCCACCCCCACCAAAAACACACAACCCAAAAACAAUCCUUCCACUGCACCGGCCUUCCUGCUGUAGGUGAUCCACAAAGCACAUGCUCCGCAGGCCACUGGACAUCUUUAUGGCCAUCCUUCCUGCUUUGAUCUCCUGAUUUGUCCUGUACGUUUCCUACCCUGGCCUUGCAGGAGGUACGAGGCAGAGUUAGCGGCCCCUCUGUUACCAUGUUACCACACUGUCUCGGCUUCCAUUGGCAGACAGUUGGAGAGUGAUGGGAGGAGGUCUCGGCCUUGAGUUCUGGUGAUCUUUGUGCACGUGGGAGAUCGUUUUGAUUUCAGCCCAGUGAAAGUGAACAGCAAUGGCGUGCUCCACUGCUGUGGGAAAACUGAAACAGAAUUGUCCUGAUGUGGGUCGUAGAUGGUUUGCUUGAGCCCUGAGUUCAGAUCCAAGGGUUCUGUGCUGUUUGUUCCUCUCUUUUCCCCCCCUUCCCCAUUGGAUCCUGUCUGCUCUUGUGUCUAUCUCUCCCCUACCCUCACUUCCAAUCCUCUCGCAUCCCCAGAAUUUCCCUUAUGUUGUCCUUCUCUCUCCAUUCCUCUAACUCCUCAGCUGGAGCAUCAGUCUGGAAAAGUCAUUGCAGUUGGUCAAACUAGAACCUACAGAAUGGACCCUGAAAUGGAUGGGUCCAAGACUUUAACACUCAAACUGAUGGAAACCACCGGCACUUUGUUGACAUUCCCUUGGUGGGGGGAAGGAAGCCUUCGAGGCAUUCUGCGCUUGACAUUUUCCUUACAACACAUGACGAACACGCACAUUCCUGCUGAGCAGACAAUCUUCCUCACCUACACUUCCCCCAUUCCCCGGUGGCUGUGGGAACAAUGGAUUGAGCUUGUGACAGUGAUGUCUUGUUUAACAAAGCACUGAUUUUAUUUGUAGAAACACCUUGCUGCAAUGAGAAUGAAACUAGUGUGUGGUCAUGCGAGGUUCCUAGCCAGGGACAGAACAUGCCGGGACAAUCCCAUCCACUGUUUGCUCUGGGAAGCAACCUGAUUAGUCAUUCCACCUUUCGUACCAAUAUGCCCUGAAUAGAAUCCACCCCCCCACCCCCUCCUCCCCUCACCAUGAGCUCCCACCCUCCCUGACACUCUCACCUUGAUUUAUUGCUCCAUCACAUGCCUCAUGAAUUGAUUCCCCCUCAAGUUCACCAUUCCUGAAUUCACUGCCAAAUCUUUCCCUUAAUUCACCCACCUCCACAAUCCCCUGAAUUCACCCACCUCCACAAUCCCCUGAAUUCACCCACCUCCACAAUCCCCUGAAUUCACCCACCUCCACAAUCCCCCUGAAUUUACCAUCCUCUACAAUCCCCUAAAUUCACCCACCUCCACAAUACCUUGAAUUCACCCACCUCCACAAUCCCUUGAAUUUACCUUCCUCCAGAAUCCCCUGAAUUCACCCACCACAAUACCCUGAAUUCACCCACCUCCACAAUCCCCUGAAUUCACCCUCCUCCACAAUCCCCUGAAUUUACCCACCUCUAGAAUCACCUGAAAACCCUCCACAAUCCCCUGAAUUUACCUACCUCCAGAAUCCCCUGAAAACCCUCCACAAUCCACUGAAUUCACCCACCACAAUCCCCUGAAUUCAUCCUCCACAAUCCCCUGAAUUCACCCUCAUCCACAAUCCCCUAAUCUCUAUCUGGCUGAAUCACGUUGAACAAAGUGAAUUCAGUACAGGAUUAACAAUACCAAUGCCACUUGAUAUCCCGUUGGAUACUACAGACGAAUGGGUAACUGCGGGAGUGUGAUGGACGUUGACUUGCUCAAUGGAAUAUUAAGACACAGCAGACUAAUGGCAUUGUCGGAAUUGGCUUUGCAGCUCCUCUAGGAUUUGCUUUUUAUAAAUCUAGAGUAUAGUCCAGGGGAAGAACUAUUAAACCCUGGAUAGAAACCCCAGAUUAUGGACCAGAAUUUAGAAACUCUGGACGGGAAUUUAAAACUGGACAGGAACUUUAUGUUGUGGAUGGGAACUCUCAAAUCCUGGACAUGUACAUUGAGUGUGUACAGAAAGUCUCCAGGACUGAACCAUGGACUAUGGACAGGAACCACAAGAAUACAUUGGGAAUUUUCCAAUUACGGAUGGGAAUCCUAGAAUGUGGAUAGGAAUCCUUCUGCCCAAAACCUGGUAAAAAAGAAACGUUUUCUAAAGAUAGUGAUUGAUAGUACUCAGUACAUUCCCUGUAGGUAGCUCUGUGAAGAUGGCAGGAGACUUACUUCUUAGCUUUCCCUGACCUUUUGGUACCUCCUUGCACCCCGUGCUUGCUCAGGAAGAUGGUGAUGGCAAAACAUUGCCUCCAUUAAGAGAGAGCUCCAUUUUUCUACAUGAAUUUAUUCUUAAAUGGUCUCUGGUUUGGUCAGGACGCUGAGGUAUCUGCUCAGAGACAGGUUGCAGAGACUUCUCUCUGAAUGAGCAUUGUAAUCUGGCUGACAGAAUCCCUCUGAUGAGAUCACUCGCUUUAGUUUCCCUCAAAUACAAGGAACAUUGAUUAAAAUGACCAGAGUUGACAAAAAGGGAAAUAAGAUGGAACUUCUCUUUUUGUAGAAACAUUUUUUAAACAACUUUUUAAAAAAAUUCUGCAAUACGCAGAGAUUUUGUACAAAUGAUCAAAGAAACUGCAUGCUAUGGAGAAUUGUUUCAAGUGUUAUAAACUGCCAUAUCGACUCCAUUUGAUGCGUGUGUGAAGAAGUUGCGUCAAGUGAUGCGGAGUUGUGGGUGCCUAGAAGGUGUUAGGUUUGACUCUUAGAUCACGGCUGGACAGAGGUAUAAGAGGCAGAGAAUGCAAUUGAUCUGUGUUUUGCCAGGCUGGGAAGGAUGUAUGCUGCAAGGUGAUGCAUGUUAAUGCAAGGGAGGGCUCACGUGAGAAGAACGGCCAAAGGGCAGUCGGCAGCUGCAGAACCAGCAACCUUUUGCUUGCUUUGUGAAAUUCAAUGUGAUCCCAUGUACAAUAGUAGCGUGUCUGCCUGUGAUAUGGGGGGUCCUGCCUCGGGUCCCAGCAGAGUUGCUGUAUUCUCCUUCUGGUACCAGUGGAGUUGGUGCCUUCUCUCUCAAUUACCAGCAGAGUUGGUGCCUUGUCCUUCAUGUACCAGUAGAGUUAGUACCUUCUUUCUCAGUAAACAGCAGAGUUGUUGCCUUCUCGGUUGAUUACCAGUAGAGUUGGUGUGUUCUCCCUCGGAUACCAGCAGAUCAGGUACCUCUCUUUCAAUUACCAGUAGAGAUGGUACCUUCUCCCGCAUAUACCAGCAGAGCUGGUACCUUCUCUCUCAAUUAGCAGUAAAGGGGGUGUAUUCUCCCUCAGAUACCAGCAGAGUUGGCACCUUCUCUCCCAAUUACCAGUGGAGAUCGUACCUUCGCAAUUACCAGUGGAUGGGGCACCUUCUCUCAAUUACCAGUAGAGUUGGUAACUUCUCUCUCAAUUACCAGCAGAGUUGGCACCAAAGAUCCUAUAGCGAGCAAGAGGGUCCACUCGACGAAAAACACGUAGUACGGUCAUGGGCAGAUUCAUGGGUAAUUUAAGGCCCCAUUUCAAUAACCGGCUUCCGUCUCCACACCAAAGAUCCCAUAGGAUAAUAGUGUGGAGACGGAAGCCGGUUACAGAAACAUCCUCGUAAAAAAUACAAGUUAUUUGGUAAAAAUCUUCUCCUCAUUUUCAGAAUAUAAAAUGUAUUAACACAAACUGUCUCCCCCCCCCCCCAACGUUGAUUGCACUGCGAGUCAGGUCGGGUCCGGUUACGGAAAUAGAUGAAAAAAACGCCCACGUUCCGUUCCGUUGCAUACUACGUGUCAGCCCAUUGCAUUUAGCAGGAGUGGUCUAUCUUGCUCCACUAUAGGAUCUUUAGUUGGUACCUUCUCCCUCAGGUCCCAGUAGAGUUGGUGCCUUUGCUCUUGAGUACCAGUGAAGCUGGCGCCUUCUCCAUCGAGAACCAGUAUUGUUGGCGCGUUCUCUCGCAAUUAUCGGUGGAAAUUGGUACCAUCUCAUGUACCAGUGGAGUUGGCGCUUUCUCUUAGAUUCCCAGUAGUGCUGGUGUCUUCUCCCUCAGGUUCCAGCAGAGUUGGGGCCUUCUCCCUCAUGUACCAGUAGAUAUGGUACCUUUUCUCUCAGGUACCAGUGGAGUUGGUGCCUUUUUUUUUCAAUUACCAAUAGGUUUUGUAUUCUCCCUUCUGUGGUGAGGUGACAACUGACUUUUCCUGAAUGUGCCAAUGAUUGGGGUGUCUUCUCCCAGAGUAAUCUGCUACCUGGGACCUGCUCCCGAUAAAUCAGUAAUAGGUUUGUCACUUACAGGGACUUAUUUAUAAUUUUUCUAACUAUGGUCACUUAAUCAGAAAAGCUUCAGACGUACAGUGUUACUAUGGAGUGGUGCGGAUUAUCCCAAAUUUCUACUAGUUUAAAUGUGAAGAAUGAAGAGACUUCUACUCUGAAUAAGGUGGAAUGUCACUGCACAGUGUAGACCAGGGACAUUUGUGUGCAUGUAGGAUUUUUGCAUGGUGCAUUAUAAUAAUGCACAUCAAUGGUGCAUGUUGAGAGCCUAUUUGGAGUCUUUUUUAAACUCUUUAAUAUCUUUGAAUCAUUGUUCUAUAAGAUUAAUUUGUACCAAUGUGUUUUAUAUUGAAAAUAAUGUUUCAUUUCCAUAAUGGGUCACCAAACUAAUUUUUAAGCUGAUUGAUGUGAAUGCUUUAUCUCUGUGAUUCUUGCAACGUGAGUGUAUUUUUAAACUUUUUUCCAUAGUGUUUGUACAACUUGUUGGCCAUGAGUUAAAUAUUUGCAAUAAAAUCCCAACAUUUGGGAGAAAAGACUUGGAACGACUUGUCAAGUGAACCCACAGCAAUAGCUGAAUCUUCAAUGACUAGUGGAAUUUCUGUUUGACUAUUAAAUCAACGUUUAUCCCACA